AUGCUUCUCGAAUAUGGUGUAAAUGUUAAAAACCCGGAAAAUUUGGAGAUUCCAAGAGACAUGACUGCUAACACUGCAAACAAUAUGUCGGUCAUGGAAGACGCGAGGCAGGGAAGCUCGCAAGCCCAAAUCAGUAGUUCCGGCACGUUGGAGACGGGCGCUCACAAACGAAAAACAGCAGUGCCACAUCGUCGUGACGAGCUCGUGGCCCAUACUGCCCAAUCCCUCAUCGUACCCAAUGGCGUGUUGUUGGAUUUAGAAGCGGAUGGAGCAGCAAGUACCACAUCGGUGGGCUUCCUUGAUCAAGUUUCUCUAUUGUCCAAUAUUGAUGACUCAGCCAUGCAAUGCCUGGAUCGAUUAAUUAAUGGAAAUCUUGAUGAAGUAUUUCCAUUCUGCGAUGAUCAUGGUGGAUUGUCAGAUUUUGCUGCAACCAUGGACAAUCCAUUCCCUGCCAGUCAGAUGAAUGAAAAUGAAACGGAACAGGAAGCCAGUACUACAUAUGAAGAGAUGGCUCCUCCUCCACUAGAUGUAGGUCCAUCACAUAGUCCUCCGCCUCAAGAGCCAAGUGCAAAAAAUAGAUCUUUCGAUGAUGGCGAAAUCAUUAGUGAUGAGAGCAAUCAGGCGAAGGCUUCGAGAGCGAACUCCAUGGAGAAUGUUACAUCAAGAGUAGGAGAACGAGAGGUUGAAACUCCACCACCUGCUCAUAACGAUUCAAGGCGUUCAUCCGUGGAGUCAGGCGAUUUAUACUGUCCAUGA